AUGACUUCGGGACCAGAAAAUUAUGACGAUAGUUUGAUAAUUUUGGAAGAGAAUAAUGAUAGUUUUAUAGUGUCUGACGAACAAAGCAAUCAUCGAGUCAUAUUGGAAAGUCAUUCAUUUAUUGAAACAGAAAGUGCUGCGGAUGUCAAUCAAGAACCUGAACAGCCACAUUAUCGAGCAUCACGAGUCAUUUGGAGCAGUGAUGAAGAGGCUGAUGACGAUAAUGUGAAUAAGAAGCGUCGUCGUAGACCUUCUCAUAGUGAUGAUAGUGGAGAGAUUGAUGGUGACGAAACGAGCAGUUGUUCAAUUUGUUUUGAAGCGUAUACAAUUUCAGGUUCUCACAGAAUAGUAUGUUUGAAGUGUGGACACUUGUUCGGACAAUCCUGUAUUGAAAGGUGGAUUCGAACGGAAAAAGCCGCCAAAUGUCCGCAGUGUAAGGCCAAAGCACGACUUGCUGAUAUACGCCGCUUAUAUGUACGGGCUGUAAAGGCACUUGACACAACAGAACUGGAAUGUUUAAAAGAGGCGAAUAGCGCAUACAAAGCUGAAAAUGAUAGUUUACGUCUUGAAAACCAGCGUCUAAAAGAAAAAAUUGUAAAAGAAGGAAAAUGUAAUCCAUACAAAGCUGAGAUCGAAAGAUUAAACCUUGAAAAUGCACAGUUAAGGGCGAGAAUAUCCCUUCAGGAGAAGCAUGAAAAUAAGUUGCGGUCGACAACACCUCCUGCUACUAAAGUGAUGAAAGGUGCUUAUUUUUCAAUGCUAGCUGGUCCAAUUAUUCAGUUAUCAUCGGAACCAGGUUCUCGGUCGUUGGAUACGAAUGGCGAAUGUUUUGUUGUAGCUUGUAAAGUUAGGAACGAUCUAUUUAUGCCUUAUGGAUUGAAAUUGAUCACAGCGGAUCGUCGUAAAGAUACUGUAAUUCCAGUCCAUAGUAGGAAACCUCGAUGCUGUAGAUUCUCACCUUUUAAUCAUCAAAUAGUGAUAUCGACUGGAGAAGACAAUACACUUUGUGUUACAAGCUUUGAUGAUCAUCCAAGAGUCCAGCAUCGCAUUCCUCUACCAGCUUCUGGUUGGUGUUGUUGUUGGUUGAGCGAGGAUGAUGUAGCAGUUGGUCUAAUUAAUGGUAGAGUUUUGAAAUUUAGUCUCCGCAAUCCAGCAAUUGAGCCGUUUGAUAUAACUUGCAGCAAGGGACGUUUACCUAUCAUAAAUUUGCAGUUUUGUACAAGGCAAUCUUUGCUUUUCGUUACGUCGUUGAAAGAAUGUGUGGUCUAUCAUCACAUGCAACCACAUGUUUUAAUAUCUGAUGAGGGUUCUAUAAAUUCGUUCUGCUAUGAUCAAGAAAGUAGCAAUGUGAUGUUAACAUUUGCUCCCAGUCAGCAUCACGAAACAGUAACUCAUAUUUUGUACUCUUUGGACUUAGAUAGCGAGAACAAGAAACUACGUCAUAUUCAUACCUACAGAAGUCUUUCAAAAAAACUCACACGUGUAAUCAGAAGUGCAUUUUGGACUACGCCUCACGGCCCACUUGCUGCUGUUUAUGAUGAGGCUAAUUCCCAUGUGGUUCUUUAUGACUGGAUACGCAAAUGUCCGACGGUUGUGAAACGUAUUAACGAUAUGGUUGUUGAUAUCAGAGAAAUUGUAGCGAGUGACAUGCAACAUUUUCAAUUGGGAUGCUUAAGUGAAACAGCAAUUUACUUCCUUGAAGCACGAUAUUAA